CCCUCUGAGUAUCGCUUCUCCAGCUCGCUCUACUGUAGUUCUGUUUCUUACUAAAGACUGGAUUCUACACAGAUUAAACAUGGAGCCGGGGAGGAGUGAAAGCGCGUGGUGAGUGGAGCGGACAAUGGAAGAAGUGGCCUCCUGCAGCAGUAAAGCUUCGCCCUUGGGAAACAAGUGCGCAAGAGAGAAGAGUAGCAGUGCGAGCGCGGUGGUGCGCACCGGCCCGGUUCCUGCGAGCGCGCGCUACACACCGGCUCGCGCGUCGGCGGAUGCGUGAAUACAAACCCUCGUGUGUGCAUGCAGUUCUUUCUUAUAACCUGUCUCGAAUCGGCGAUCUGAUUGAUGAGUUGGAGAGUUUGAUCUGUCUGGAACCGGACACUGAAGCACGUGUGGAACACGCAGAAAUUCAGCACGCGACAAUAGCUGGCGGUGUUAUGGAUCGCGCGGAGUGAACCAUAGUUUACCAAUCCACACGCGGAGAACUAAUUCCAUCAGCUCUAGGGUAUUGAAAUAAACUACACUGGUUUACAUUCGGAUCUGGUAACCAGAUUACAUACCAUACCAAUCGAUCAAAUCGGAUUCGGUUAAGGAAAGAUCUAACAGCUGGCAGCAUGUGCAAAUUAAGCGCACUCGGGAUUUACCUAUGGGAAACACUACUGUUUUUCAGCUUGGCAGCAUCCCAGCAAGCAGCAGCGCGGAAAGCUGCCUCCCCCAUGCCCCCUUCAGAAUUCCUGGACAAACUAAUGGGCAAAGUGUCUGGGUACGAUGCAAGAAUCAGACCUAAUUUUAAAGGUCCACCUGUGAACGUCACUUGCAAUAUAUUCAUUAACAGUUUUGGAUCCAUUGCUGAAACAACAAUGGACUACAGGGUGAACAUUUUCCUGAGACAGCAGUGGAAUGACCCCAGGCUGGCCUACAGCGAAUAUCCGGAUGACUCUCUCGAUCUCGACCCCUCUAUGUUGGACUCCAUUUGGAAACCGGAUUUGUUCUUUGCUAAUGAAAAAGGAGCGAAUUUCCACGAGGUCACAACCGACAACAAGCUGCUGAGAAUCUCUAAAAAUGGAAAUGUCUUAUAUAGCAUAAGGAUAACGCUGAUUCUGGCCUGUCCUAUGGACCUGAAGAAUUUCCCCAUGGACGUGCAGACCUGUAUAAUGCAGCUGGAGAGCUUCGGCUACACGAUGAAUGAUCUGAUAUUUGAGUGGGAUGAGAAAGGUGCCGUGCAGGUGGCUGAUGGACUGACAUUACCACAGUUUAUCCUGAAGGAGGAGAAAGAUCUUCGCUACUGCACCAAGCACUACAACACAGGAAAGUUCACCUGCAUCGAGGCUCGAUUCCAUCUGGAGAGACAGAUGGGCUACUACCUGAUUCAGAUGUACAUCCCCAGUCUGCUGAUCGUCAUUCUGUCCUGGGUUUCCUUCUGGAUCAACAUGGAUGCAGCUCCUGCUCGUGUGGGGCUGGGCAUCACCACUGUGCUCACCAUGACUACCCAGAGCUCCGGUUCCAGAGCCUCUCUGCCAAAGGUCUCUUAUGUUAAGGCCAUUGAUAUCUGGAUGGCUGUGUGUCUGCUGUUCGUCUUCUCGGCUCUGCUGGAGUACGCUGCCGUUAACUUCAUCGCUCGCCAACACAAAGAGCUCUUGCGCUUCCAGAGGAGGAGACGACACCUGAAGGAGGAAGACACCGGUGACGGGCGCUUCAGUUUCGCCGCCUACGGCAUGGGUCCUGCGUGCCUGCAGGCCAAAGACGGCAUGGCCAUCAAGGGCAACAACAAUGCGCCGGCCUCCAGCAUGCCACCCGAGAAGACCGUGGAGGAAAUGCGCAAGCUCUUCAUCAGCCGUGCCAAACGCAUCGACACAGUGUCGCGGGUUGCCUUUCCACUCGUCUUCCUCAUUUUUAACAUUUUCUACUGGAUAAUUUACAAGAUCAUCCGCAGCGAGGAUAUCCACAAGCAGUAAAUAUACAGAGAAAGGGAUGAAACCCCAGCUGUAAAAAAAAAAACCUGCCGCUGUCGCUUUUCCCAUCUCUCUUUUCCUGUGCCAAGCUCUCUCCUCAGCACUCACCUGCUUUCAACGGCGAGUCUCGAGGUUUUUCUUGUUCUUAAUAAUGUUUUCUUUCUUCUGUCCUUUCUGCCCUGUGUAUCUGAAUAAUCUGGACCUGUGCAAUAGCAAUGCAGUAAAAUGCAUGAAAAAUGAAUGUGGCAAUAUAUUUACUAUAAAAUUCAGAAAAGUCAGAAUAAAAAUACGUAUAAUUAUCAAGAUAAAUAUUAGACUUUGAAGAAAUCUGGAACUUAAAUUAGGCUUUUUUUGCAAUUUGAAGACAUACUGCAUUACCGGAAUAAUACAGAAAUACAUGCAGCAGUGUGAUAUAUAUAUAUAUAUAUAUAUAUAAAUAUAUAAAACAGAACUGAAUUUUCUUCACAAGAGGCUUAUGGAAAGGCUUUAAAGAUGUAAAGAUGGUGAUGCUGAUCGGUGCUUCCAUGAAUAAUAAUGCAAGAGCCACUGGAAUAUAUGUAUAUCUGUAUCUACAUUUCAAUUUGCUUUAGUAUAUGUAUCGCAGACACUUGUCUAAAAGGAUACCACAACGAUGAAUUCCUAUUACCAUAAAAGCUUGCGAGUGCCGUAAAAAUAUAUUGUUUAUACCA